UUGCUCUGUGUACCUAUUAGUUAAGGAUUCAAGCGUGAUCUUUGUUACAGCCCAGUACCUUUUUAGUUAAACGACUAGGGUUAUUAUAGCCUUUGUGCAACUUUCAAGGCUCAUUGAAUUUUAUUUUUCAGUUUUGAGUCCAUACGAGCUGAAACGAUGUUUGGUGGAUUGAGUUCCUGGGUAGUUCUGCACUGCCAUUGACAUUUGUUGACAGUAACGGAAGAAACAACUGUGGUGCUAAGGUUUGAAGUUACAGUUUCCUUGUGUGAGUGAGCACUAAAGGAAAGCUGAAGUUAAAGAACCACACAAGAAUUGCCACGAAAUUUCAUUGAUGUAUACUGAUUUUAAACAAGAAUAUUUGGGAUGCCACUAUUUGGUAUAGAUUGCACUCGAUCGAAACCUCAAGAGGAAGAGAGAUCUUUAAAGGCAAAUGACAGAAAUCACAAUAUGAAAUUCCAUUAUGUGAACAAUCGAAUUAAAACGUCCAAAUAUAACAUUUUCUCAUUCUUGCCAAUCAACUUGUUUGAGCAGUUCCAACGAAUUGCCAAUGCUUAUUUUUUGUUUUUACUUGUUUUACAGCUUAUUCCACAAGUUUCAUCUCUGUCUUGGUAUACCACAGUUGUACCCUUAAUGCUGGUGUUGAUGAUAACGGCAGUGAAAGAUGCCAUUGAUGAUUAUAAUCGUUACAAGAGUGACAACCAAGUCAACAAUCGAGAGGUUAUGAUUCUAAUGAAUGGGGAGUUGCAGAGAGAAAAAUGGAUGCAUGUUGAGGUGGGCGAUAUAAUUAGGAUGGAGAAUAACCAGUUUGUAACUGCAGACUUGCUAUUACUAUCAAGUAGUGAACCAUAUGGCCUGACUUACAUUGAGACAGCAGAGCUUGAUGGGGAAACAAAUCUGAAGGUUAAGCAGGCAUUAACCGUGACAUCAGACAUGGGUGACCACACACAGGAUCUGGCAUCUUUUGAUGGUGAGGUUAGAUGUGAAGCACCCAAUAACAGGCUGGAUAAAUUUAAAGGAACACUUACCUACAAAGGAAACAAAUAUCCAUUAGAUAAUGAAAAAAUACUAUUGCGUGGGUGCACUUUGAGGAAUACAGAAUGGUGUUAUGGACUUGUCAUCUUUGCAGGGCAAGACACAAAACUGAUGCAGAAUAGUGGAUUAUCAGCUUUUAAGCGAACUAAUAUCGAUCGACUGAUGAAUAUUCUUGUUUUGUGGAUUUUUGGCUUCCUCAUCAUGAUGUGUACAGUUCUGGCUAUUGGAAAUAGUAUCUGGGAAUCUCAGAAAGGGUACUACUUUCAGGUCUACUUGCCAUGGGACAGUGAUAUGCCAAACGCUUCAUUUUCUGGAUUUCUAAUGUUCUGGUCGUAUGUGAUCAUUCUGAAUACCGUUGUCCCAAUAUCCCUUUAUGUCAGCAUUGAAGUUAUACGCUUGGGCAGCAGCUUCUACAUUGGCUGGGAUUCCAAAAUGUACUACCCAAAGAAGGACACUCCAGCGUUAGCCCGCACAACAACAUUAACUGAGGAGCUUGGACAAAUCCAGUAUAUUUUUUCUGAUAAAACAGGGACCCUGACACAGAAUAUCAUGGUAUUCAACAAGUGCACAGUUAAUGGCAAAAUGUACGGAAACGUGUACGAUUUAACCGGGCAAAGGAUAGAUAUUACAGCAAAAACAGAAACGGUGGAUUUUUCAUUUAAUCCUAUGGCCGACCCAAAAUUUAUGUUCUAUGACCACAGUCUCCUGGAAGCUGUUAAAAUUGGUGAUCCUGAAGUCCAUGAAUUUUUUCGUCUGCUUUCACUUUGUCAUACAGUGAUGCCUGAAGAAAAGCAGAAAGGUGCCCUAAUGUAUCAGGCUCAGUCUCCAGAUGAAGGUGCACUUGUCACUGCAGCAAGAAAUUUUGGCUUUGUUUUUUUGUCCCGUACUCCUGAGACAAUAACUCUAGUUGAAAUGGGUAAAACUGUUGUCUAUCAAUUGCUUUCUAUUCUGGACUUUGAUAAUGUGAGGAAAAGAAUGUCUGUCAUAGUUCGACAUCCUGAUGAGAAACUGUAUUUGUACUGUAAGGGGGCUGACACCAUUGUGUUUGAGAGACUUAAUUCUGCAUCUCAGCAUUUAAGAGACAUAACCACUACACAUCUCGAUGAAUUUGCAGGUGAUGGUUUACGCACAUUAGCCUUGGCGUAUAAAGAAUUAAAUGAAAUAUAUUUUACAAACUGGCAACAACGGUACCAGGAGGCAAGCACUGCAUUAGAAAACCGUGAAGAACAACUGUCUGAAUUGUAUGAAGAAAUUGAAAAAGACUUAACGUUAUUAGGUGCUACAGCGGUUGAAGAUAAACUCCAAGAUGGUGUUCCACAGACAAUUGCAACACUUUCAAAAGCAAAUAUCAAGAUUUGGGUCCUUACAGGUGACAAACAAGAGACAGCUGUAAAUAUUGGCUAUGCAUGUAAUAUGCUGAAUGAAGACAUGAAAAACAUAUUCAUCAUUGAAGGCAACAAUUCAGAAGAAGUACGUGUAGAACUGAGAAAAGCUUCAGCAAUAAUGAAAAAAGAGGAUCAAGCAGAAAUCAGCAUCAAGCAGCCAAAGAAACCAGUUGUCAUACCUGAAGAAAAUGUCGAUGGGGAGUAUGGGCUCGUGAUCAAUGGAGAUUUACUGGCAUAUGCUUUGGAAGACAUGGAAAUAGAAUUCCUAAAAACAGCUUGUCUUUGUAAAACAGUUAUCUGUUGUCGUGUAACACCCCUUCAGAAAGCUCAAGUGAUAGAACUGGUGAAAAAGUACAAAAAAGCCAUAACCUUGGCAAUUGGAGAUGGUGCAAAUGAUGUAAGCAUGAUCAAAGCUGCUCACAUUGGAGUUGGUAUAAGUGGUGAAGAAGGAACACAGGCUGUCCUUUCAAGUGAUUUCUCCUUUGCUCAAUUUCGUUAUCUGCAGCGUCUGUUAUUAGUCCAUGGAAGGUGGUCAUAUUUUCGCAUGUGCAGAUUUCUCAGUUACUUCUUCUAUAAAAAUUUUGCCUUCACAUUUGUUCACUUUUGGUAUGGAUUUUUCUGUGGAUUUUCAGCACAGACUGUGUAUGAUGAAUGGUUUAUUACACUGUACAAUUUAGUGUAUACAUCUCUUCCUGUAUUAGCAAUGAGUCUGUUUGAUCAGGAUGUUAAUGACCGCUGGAGUAUGGCAUAUCCUCAACUCUAUGAACCUGGACAGUUUAAUCUUUAUUUCAACAAAUUGGUUUUUGUGAAGUGUAUUAUCCAUGGAGUUUAUAGUUCCCUGGUUCUUUUUUUUAUUCCAUAUGGUUCCCUAUUUGAAGCAGUGAGAGAUGAUGGAGAGACAGUAUCUGACUAUCAGUCUUUUGCUUUAAUUGCUCAGACAUGUUUGCUUGUGGCCGUUACUUUGCAGAUCGCACUGGAUACGUCAUUUUGGACAGCAAUCAACCAUUUCUUUAUCUGGGGAAGUCUUGCUGUCUACUUUGCAAUUACUUUUACAAUGUACAGCAAUGGCAUGUAUCUGAUGUUUCCAACUUCAUUUCCUUUUAUUGGUACUGCAAGGAAUGCCUUGAACCAACCACAUGUAUGGCUGACCAUCUUUCUAUCAGCAGUGAUGUGUGUCCUGCCAGUUGUUAUUGUGCGAUACCUCAGCUCUGAGCUAAGACCUACGUCCAUUGAUAAACUGCAACAUAAAAUUAGGAAAAUCAAGACACUUCCUCCAAAGCAAAUGGUCGCACGCCUGAAACGACCCAGUGCACGUCGAUCUGCAUAUGCUUUUGCUCAUCAACGGGGUUUUGGUGCCCUCAUUACUUCAGGGAAGAACAUGCGAAUGGGGAAUAUCAACUUGAAGCCUUCAAAGACUGUCACAUAACUAAAUAUUGAACAGGAAAUAUGAAUCUGAUUUAAUAUAUGUAACCACAUCGAAAUGAAACCAACUUUACAUGGGAAUGUGACAGAUGAAUACUGGUAAAGGGAACAAUUAAUAUUUGUAGAUCUUAAAGUACUGACUGUACAAAUGUCAUCUUAUGUGGAUGUACAAGGUUUUGUGGCUCUAAACCUAAACAACACAAAAAUGAAAUCAAGAUGAAUUAUGCCUAAUUUAAAAUAUCAAUAAUAGAUCUUCAGGAGUCAACUUAUUUUUCCCUUUCAGGAGCAUGCUAAUUUGAACAGUCUUUGCAAAUGGAGACUAAAUUCAAAAUGUUUACGGCACAUGAAUCAAAAUAGCAGUAAAAUCACAAUCGCAAAAUUUCUCAAAUGCAGCUUGUUUUCAAGAAGAUUUGUUUACAGUUUCCACUUCUGUACUCACAAUGUUUUGAAAUUUUCAUUAAUGAGAAUUGAUAUAUUUUUUUAACUCUAGGUAGGUUGUAUCUAGAUUUUGGUUAAAAUCACUUAGGGUAGGUAGUGAGAUAGAGUCAGAGUCAUACAGCAUGGAAACAGAGCCUUUGGUCCAACCAGCCCAUGCCAACUAUGAUCCCAAAUUAAACUAGUCCCACUUGUUUGCAUUUGGCCCAUAUCCCUCCAAACAUUUCUUAUUCAUGUCUUCAUCAAAAUGUCUUUUAAAUGUUAUAAUUGUACCCACAUCCACCACUUUCACUGGAAGUUCAUUUCACACACGUACCACUCUCUGUAUAAAAACAUUGACUGUCAUAUAUUUUUUAAAUCGUUCUCCUGUCACCUUAAAAAUAUGCCCCCUUGUUUGAAAUCCCCCAUUCUAGGGGAAAGACACCUACUAUUCACCUUAUCUAUACCUUUAAUUAUUUUAUAAACUUCUCUUCUCAACCUCCUAUGCUCUAGUGAAAAAAAUCCCAGCCUAUCCAGCCUCUCCAUAUAACUCAAACUCUCCAUUCCCAGCAACAUCCUGGUAAAAUGAUGAUCUAGCUAGUUUCCAUUGUGUUUGUCGAUACUGACAAUUGUUCAUCUAUUUGUUCUCCAGAAUCACGUCUAUUUAUUUCUUGCACUGGUAGAUUUGGGAAACGUGAGUCCACUUCAUGUUUGAAAGAAGCUAUUCCAUUCCAAGCAAUAGCCAUUUUGUUAUACUGUAAGUUGAAAACUGAAGACCACUAUAAAUUGGAAACAUCAUGUAAUUUUCAAUAUAAAUCUGACAUAAGAUUUGCUAUAUUGAGCUACUUGGACAGAUAUUAAAUGCUAUUUUCUAGUUAAACUUUCAAACAUAUCAGGAGUAGCAGGGACAUGAAAUGUUGGAGGAUACAUUUGUUACAUUAGUGUUCCUGUGAAACACUGUGACUAAGAGGGGUUAGUUAUAAAUAUUUGAGCCAAAUCAUCAUCUGCAGCCUUUCCACAAAUAUUUCCAGACUGAAUCAGAGUUGGAGACCUCAGGCAGUUCAAGUGUACUAAUGUGAAUUGUUACCCAGGAAAUGUUAGACAGAUUAAAAUUUAGACUACGUAUGGUGUAACAACAUAAUCUUACCCCAACUCCAGACCUCUGACUACUUCUCCCCAACCACCUAUCUUAAGCCUGAACCCCCCACAAACUAACUAUCUCCCACUGAUACAAUGCAAUACCUCUCUAAUCCACUAAGUACCUUGCUGACAUGACUAAUUCUCAAGAAUAAUUCCCGACAUUACCUCACCCCACUUCCCUUUCUAAGCAUCUGACUUGUCACCCACCUAACUACCCUUCCAACCAUCCGACUACCAUCCCUAUCUGACCUGACUACAGCUGACUUCACUGCCUUCUGUGACCACCUGACUACCCUCCUGAUCAUCCAAAUACACUCCCUCCUAGACCCAACCUAUCCUCCUAACCACCCGACUAAUUCUCUGACUGGAUCUCACUUAGCUCCAUUAUCCUGCAACUACUUUCUCACCCAUACGACUACCCUCCUAACCAUUCAACCAAUUACCCACCCUGCCCUUUAUUCACUUACCCAUCCUGCCAACCUACUCACCUCACCCACCAUACUCCCUACCUAUUUGCCCAGUAACCUCCUUCACUCAUGUACCCAUUCACCCACUUACUGACAUAUCCAUUUGCUGUGCCAUUCAUUAAAAUUCCAAUUGGAUACUUACAUUUACCAUAUAGCAGCUAGGACUGUAAAGAAAAAGGAUGUGUCUUCUCUUCCCCGACUCUACUGCUGUCUAAUGGAGUUCUAUGAGUGUACCUGUGCUGCAAUGCACAGAUCUCAGAUGUCCGUGCAGUAGAAGAAAAAAAUAGAGGGAAUAUUGCUCAACUCUCCUCUAAUCCUUCUAUGAAUUGCUUUACAUUUAUGUCACUGGUUAUUGACUGCUUUGCUCAGGAAAUAGUUUCUUCCUUUCCACUCUUCAUACACCAUACAGUCUUCUCUGUUUAUAACAAAAGAACCGCAGCCUAUUCAAACUUUUCUUAUACACAGAAUUCUCCAUUUUUGGCAAAAAUCUGGUAAACUCUCUCACUAGCGUAAUCAUAUCCUUUUUGUAAUGUGAUAAGAAUUGUAUGUAGUAUUCUAUCUGAGGCCCAGCGAGUAUUUUAGAAUAACUCUUGCUCUUAGAUGCUAUCUCUGCUAUUUAAGGAAUAUAUGCUAUAUAUUAGAGGAACAAAGGAAUGAUGAGUUUGCAAAAUACAACACCAUAGCAAAUGGACAAAGUUUACUAUAACUGCAGAACACAGUCAAUGACAAAAUAGCCUUAGAUACACAAGAAACCUGUCCACGUGUAUGUCUUCUAAACUUUUCUACCUUCUUUCAAUAUAUCUUGAUCACAAUUACCCUGUGCACAUCUAUGAAGCUUCUGCAAUACGAGUUGCUGGACUAAAUAUGCAUUCUGUGAUCAUACUUGAUAUUGUUUUAUAAGUUUGGUCUGUACUUCUAAAUUCUAUACUUUUCUUCUGCUUUCAACCCAAAGCUUUAGCACUGAAGUUUAUUUCAAAGGGAUGUUAAAAGAAAGUGUUGAAAAUGUCACACAGGUCAGGCAGCAACUGUACCGAGAACUGACAAGCUUGGACAUGUCAUCAUGGCCUUCAUUUUUAGAGUCCAGUCAUGAAUUUUGAAUUUGUUUUCUAUUGCAAUGCAAUAAUCAAUAAAUAUAUGCUCAACAGAAACCAGAAGAACAAAUGCACCAUAUAUCUGAGAAAAUGCUGAGCAAUUGUUCCAUUAGAACUGUACAUUUUUUUUCUGUUUUAUUAGAAAUAACAGUGGCUCAGUUGUUAGCACUACUCCCGCACAGCACCAUGGACACCGGUUUGAUUUCAGCCUUGGGUGAUUGUCUGUGUGGAGUUUGCACGUUCUCCUUUUGCCUGCGUGGGUUUCAUCCAGGUGCUCCAGUUUCCUCCCAUAGUGCAAAGAUAUGCGGGCUAGAUGAAUUGGCCAUGCCACAUUGCCCAUAAUAUCUAGGGUUGUGCAGGCUCAGUGGAUUUGCCAUGGGAAAUGCAGGAUUACAGGGAUAUGAUUGGAGUGGGAGUGAGUCUGGGUAGAAUGCUCUUUGAAGGGGCUGUGUGGACUUGAUGGGCUUCCACACAGUAGGGAUUCUAUGAUUCUAAGACUUGUCCUUUAUUUAUCAGUUAAUUCAGUUGGAAUAUCAAAAACCAGCAGCUCACUAUUUAGAAAAAUAUGCAAAAUGUCCCGCCUGGGUGCAUCAUGUUGGCAGAUGAUGAAGAAUGGCCCUGAAAGAAAGAACCUAUUUGAUAUGGCUCUAAACACAAGUCAAUAUCACAAAGAUUAGGAAUAGAACAACACAUGAUUAUGGAAUAAAUAUACAGCAAGUGGUUAUGGUCUGAAAUGCAUGACCUUAAAGGAUGUUUUUUUCAAAGGGAAUUUGAUUAAACAUAUAAAGGGAAACUAACCACAUGACUAAGAGGACAAGGCAGGGAAAUGGGGCUAGCUAAAUUGCUCUGGGGACUAUCUGAAAGGAUGCAAUGGACCAAAUGUCCUUCAAUGCUAUAUGAUUCUAUAUUUGCUUUUUGUUUAAGGCCAUGCCUUGUAAUGCUAUCUCCACGUAACCACUGGCUAUUCUUCCAUUUCAAUGUUCAACUUAGUGAAUGUUGAAAUGAAAAUGUUCAUCUUGUUUACAUUCCUAUGAUUGUAAUUUCUUGAAAUUAACUAUUAAACUGAGCAUAAUGUCUACGAAAUGAUACAGGCAUAUGAGGAACUUCUGGAACUAUGGCCAAAUACCCAGUAAUUUGUGUAAAGUUUGAUAAAAUGAAUGAAUUUCUCCCUAAGAGAAUAAAUAUGUUAAGUUUUGCCAGAAGAAAAUGUAUAUAAUUUUACAUUUAAUUUUACUAAUAAUUUGAAAACAUAGAGCAAUAUUUUUUAGAUGAUGUGAUUUCCAACUCGUGGCACACCAAACCUCCCCCACUGCUGAGGCAAAAUAGUUUGGAUGAAGAUUUAUAUGGUUUAAAAUUCAUCAUAUCUUACUGUCUACUGACUCUUCCAGGAGCUUUCCUUUAAAACAUUUGGUUUGUAUGCACACACACAUGCAUACUGAUAUAGUUACUUUUCUCUCAAAGUUUUCAUUAAUCUAAUUAAGAAGGACUGUUCUUCACAAGACAAAUUCUCAAGCUAAUCCAUGCUGUUUAAUGAAACAACUUAGACAAAGUUCUUUGAGACAUGCCGAACUUAUGCGUACAGAAGAAUCUUGCUGAGGUAGAUGAAGAACGCCUUGGAGAAGGUUGUCAAUCAUUUCAAUCAAAAAAUUAGAUAAGGCCCACAUCAACACCAGAAGUGAGCCGGAAUCUUAAUACAAAAUAAGCAAAAUGCUAGUACAUAAAAUUUUAGAAAGUCUUAGAGUGAUUUCUUUAAAUGGUGGUUGAUACAGCAAAAAUUAGGAAGGUAAAUCAAUUGAAUUAGUGGCAUUAAAGCUGUUUCUGAAGAGGUCUAAUUACACCAGCUUUACUUGUGUUUUUAAUAAAUGAUGGUAACAUGACACCAAAAUAGCAAAGAAAUUUUUCGUACAAAUCUUUUUAUAGUUAGGUGUAUAUAUAUAUAUAUUCAAUGAGUGUAUAUACUUACUCCAAUUAAUGCAACUUGGAAUGACCAUAUGCAAUGAAAUAAUGACAGAUUGUAGUAUGACACGAUCACACUGUUGCACAUGAUGUCAUCAUGCCAAAACACUGCUGUACUCCAUCUUUAAAUAAUAAUAGGUUUGUCAAAUGUUUUCAUGUGUUGUUUUGAAAAGAAUACUAUGUAUCAUUGAAUAUAUGAAUGGUAAAAUUAUUUCUUUUUUAUAUGUGAAAUG